AUGGCGGCGUUCCUCCGCAAAUCAGGGGUACAAGUGUUCCUGUACCUGGACAACUGGCUAAUUCGUGGUCGUUCCUACGAACAAGUAGAGGCCCGCGUGUCCCUCACAAGGGCCCUCUUCGUUGGCGAGGGCGCUUCUCCCCAGGGCCAGGUUCCUGGCCAUAGUGGAGCUAGUCUCCGAAUUAACUCGGUCCCCUAUCACGACCGCCUGGGUCUGCUCAAGGUUGCUGGGGCACAUGGCGGCGUGCACGGUCCUGACCAGGGACAGGACCUUCGGGUCCACACUCGUCCUGAUAGCCCCCCGCUGGCCCAGGCAAUUCUGGUUCCCUAUACUGUGCUGGAAGCACAACAACUUAAUAAGAAGCUGACAUCAGUGAAUAAAAGACAAGAAUCUGAAAUAGAUAAUUUGAAGGAGGAACUGAAGAAAAUAACUACAGACUUGAUAAGGUCCAAGGUCAUGUGUCAGUACAAGGUGGGAGAAGAAAACAUCAAUCUUACAGCAAAGGAACAGCAGAUACAAGAACUACAACAAAAAAUCAGAACGGAAACAGAGAUUAAUAAAAAGCUCAGUGAAGAAAAUGCACACAUUAAAGAAGAGAAACAGGAGAUUGUCAGUUCUCUACAACAUAUGCAGCAGCUACUUCAGAGACUGACCCAAAUGAAUGUCAGAAUGGAAAGCGAAUUGAAUGCACUAAAAGAAGAAAAUCAGACCCUUGAAAGAGAUAAUGAGCUGCAAAGGGAGAAGGCAAAAGAAAAUGAAGAAAAGUUCCUUAAUCUUCAGAAUGAGUAUGAAAAAGCACUACGAACUUGGAAAAUAGAUGAGGAAGACUUAAGAAGAGAAGUAGAUACUAUUAAAAAUGAGCUGGUAUCACUUAAUGAAACUUAUGCACAUCUCCAAGACUUCUACCUUCCUCAGAAAGAUCAACAUACUGAGCAAGAGGAAAAUCUUGAGAAUGGUCAAGAGCAACUUAAAGGCAACAAAAUACAGACUAGUCAGAAAGAAAAUGAGUAUAUGCAAUCUACAAUAAAAAAUUAUUGUAUUUCUGGUCAUGAAGAGGAUGACAACAUUGAAAUAAAGAAUAUUGUAGGCUGCUCUUCAGAUACUGAUAAAGUACAGACUGAACAAAGUAAUGGAACUGGAUGCAUAGAAGAGACAUACAACAUUGUUACCAAAGAUUUACAGCUUCCUAAAAACAAUAAGGAUGAAGUUCAUGUUGCUAGCCCCUGUAAAGAAAAGCAAAAGGAGGCUUCUCCAGCCAAAACAUUAUGCACAGAUAUUGAUUUAAUUACUCACGAACAGACUACAGAACUGUGUGUUGCUGAGUGCAAAAAGAUAGGAAAAACAGGUCAAAUAAUCUCAGAAAUAAAUUAUGCAAGUGCAGAACUAAAGCUACAGGACAGAUCUUGUGCAUUGAUAAAACUCCCAGCAAACACAAGAAAGAUGCUCCUUGACAAUACUGAAGAACUUGAUGUCUGCAGUAUGGAUGCAGGUCCACAGAGAGAUUCCAGCAAGCAUUCAUUUUUCAAUGCUUCAGAUAAAUUCAUUUAUAAUGCAAGUGAUAAGUCAGAUGCCACGGAGGAUGGCAAAGGCAUCUUUAUAAAUGAAGCACCCAGCAAAGACUCUAGACAAGUUAUUUGCAUAGAAGACAGUCCUGGAACUGAAAAAACUGCAGACAACAACCAAACCAAGACUGAAUUUAAUAUUGCCAUCCUGUCUCAAGUUACAGAGAGUAAUCAUGCAAAGUUUCAGAAAUGUGACUUACAGGAGUCUAAUGACACUUUAGAUAAUAAACAUGGAAAAACAGAACAAGUCCAUCUGUUAAAUCAAAGCACCAGCAGCAUAUUCUCUGGUAUAUUUCUAUUUAAGGAGAUUCAUAUAGAUAUUCAAGAGAAACACAACAGUGACACUGCAAGAAAUACUAAUGGAAACUGUGCACUGAACAGUACUUGUAAUAGUGGUCCUCCAGUUCUGCCUACUACUUUCUGUAGUAAUGAAAGUGUGAAUACUGACAAUACUAAAGAAAAUAACACUAGUAUAUCUCAGUUAGAGAAUAUCAGUUCAAGUACUGAAAAAACAGAUAAAUGGAUACAUCUGAAUGAUAUGCAUAGCAUGCAAAGUGAGCAGGACAUUUCUGGACAGACAGAAAGCAAUAUAAAUACGUAUGUAUGCACAGAUGUUAUUUUGCCUCUGAAGACUGAAAAUAUAUGCAUUUCUCAGACUAUUCCUCAAAAACAAACAGUUAGAAACAAAAUUACCACUGAUAAACAAAUGCCCCAUGGAAAAGUUUAUGUAAAUGCUUUUCAGAUACCCAAAAUAAAGGAUGGCCUUGUGAUUAAUGAUAACCCAAAGGAGAAUACACUGCUAAGAGAAAAAAGAGAGUUAUUAAAUAGUCCAGUUCCAGGAGAGAAAAUUGCUGAUGAUCGCCUAGAAGAAUCAUGUUCUUCACUCAUAAGGACAUCUGGAGAUUUAGUAACUAGAAGUGGAAGGUCAUCCUUUGAUCUCGCAACUUCAGAUAAAAAAACUGAGAAAGCUCCAGUAAACUUAAGUUUUUCGGAUCUUAGUCCUUGGUUGAGAAUAAAUCAAGUUGAAAGUCAAACAAUGUGGGCUUCAACUUCCGAAAGGCCUUUCCAUUUGAAAGAGAAACUACUAUGUGUACCAGAAAACAAAAAAAAUCUUUCAAAAAAAGAGGGUCAAAAUCUGAGCAUGAAUGUGGUCAUGAAAGAAACAGGACUAGAUUCUACCAGUAUUAGCAGAGUUGCUGACACUUUGAAUACCUCAAGUAUUCAUCAAGGUCCCAAGAGAAAUCCCAGUGAAGAAUGGAAUGCAAUAGCGAAGACUUAUGAUUCUUCUUUUCCCACAGAACAUGUCAAAACAGGAAUUACUGCAUCAUACCACAAGCAGCAGUUUUCCCAUCUGGCUUCCACAACUGACACACCAAUCUCAAGUGAAAGUUUACUUAGCAAGGAAGAGCAGAAUUCUAAUUCUCGUAACUUCUUUACAAGAAGUCAAAUGAAUGACACUGUAAAGUUUGUUAGUUUAGAAAGACCCCAUCCGUGCAGAAAAAGGAAAUACGAAGAAAAUCUAGAAAAAGCUGCAGCAGGAGACACAACAGAAAUAGAAUUCAGUCUCUGAAUAUGCAUAUCAUAGAAAGAUUUCUAGAAAUCUUCCACUUGAAGUAAAGAGGUGCGUAUUUUAUUUUAUGGAUAACUCUAGACUGCACUCACCAGUGUUCCUCUCCUCCCCUCCCCACUAUUUUGAUGUAAUUGUAUUAAAUGCAAAGAGAUUCCCCACAUAUCUACAACUGAAGUCCAUGAAAGUUGUUACAAAAAUUUUCUAGAAGUUAAAGCAUUAAAAUAAGUGUUUAUUAUAUGUCUGUUAAGUAUAAUUUUUGAUGUAUUUAACAAUAGUAACUCCUCCAGAUGUUGAAAAAUUUUAGCUGCAGGACUUUAUUUCUCCGCCAGAAUGAACAUUAGCACAACUAUCAAACAAAAGUGACAAAUGAAGUCUCAGAAUGGAAUAAUUCCUUUAAACUGUUAGAUAAAUUUUUGACUCGCUAAGUGGCACAGGAAUUAGAAAGUCUGCUGUUUACAUGAAUUAGAUCUUAAAGGAUUUACUUUUUAAUACUGUACUAAGUGCAAAUUGAUACAAUAAGAUUUUUAGAAUUUUGCCUCUUAAAAGGUAAGUCAAAUUGUAUUCUUGGUAAACAAUAAAGUGGCAAUUUCAUAAAGAUUUAAUGUUUCUGAUCCAGCUGACAGCCAUUUCUUCUCUUUUCCAUUUUUGGUAGAAGUUUCUACUCAUUUUAGAAUUACUUGAAUCAUCAUCCUACAGCUUCUUCUCCCUCCCUACUUCAAAGAGUGUAAGGAAUAUAAUUAAGAGAACCAAAAAUAAUUAAUUCAUAGGAAGUAUGGUCACUAAAUAUAUUAAUGUACUCAAGGUGUUUUCCCAUUUUUACUUUUAUUGCUUCUAUAGCUCAUAGUUUAGAGUCUAAUUUUUUUAAACCAAUUACACACAUUUUGGAGACAAAAAACUUCAAAGUUGUCAAUAUGAAGUUUAAAAUGUUUUACUAUGGUUU